UUGCGGACUCGGUCGCGCAGCUGUGCUCCGGCUCUGCGAGGGCCCCCACCCCAGGCUGCAGGCCCAGGCCUCCGGCAGAGGACCCCAGGCGUGGGCUGGGCACCUACCCCAGCCUGCGCGGCACAGUGUCCCCGGCUGUGCGGCGCGCUCCCCAGUCCGGCUCCCGCCAGAGGAACGGAAGACAGGAUGGACGAGGCAGGUGCCCACCUGAGGCGCGAGCGUUCUGUGGUGGCAACCCCGAGGUGGCGGAAGGAGACGGCCUGAGACGCGGAGAAGCCGGAAGAAACCGCAGCCGCCCUCUCCCAGACCACCAGCUCCCUCCAUCCGAGCGGUCCCCCACCCCGUGGGUCUCCGCCGCCGCUGGAGCCAGGCUCCGAAAAGAGGCGGUCACCAAGUCCCUUCUGAUUGGAUGGCCGCGAAGUCCCAGCGGGCGCCCCCGCACCUUAAAACGAGCGGAGUGUGUGGGAGCUCGAGCCCGUCCCCGGGCCCAGCCCUGCACGCGGCGGCGAGGGGUGGGGGAGGAGAGCAGGACGGAGAGACGGGGGACGAGAAGGACGAGGACGGGGAGAAGAGGAGGAGGCGGCGACCCGGAGGCGUGGCCCAGGCGGCCAGAGAGGCCCGGCGCGCGGAGGCUCAGGGACCGACCGACAGCCGGACGGACGCGCGGCCAUGGCCGAGCUCAAGUCGCUGUCGGGGGACGCGUACCUGGCGCUGAGCCACGGCUACGCGGCGGCGACCGCGGGCCUGGCCUACGGGGCGGCGCGGGGGCCCGAGGCGGCCCGCGGCUACGGCGCGCCGGGCCCGGGCGGCGACCUCCCUGCGGCGCCCGCGCCCCACCCCGCGGCCGUGGCCGAGAGCAGCGGCGAGCAGAGCGGCGACGAGGACGACGCCUUCGAGCAGCGGCGGCGACGGCGGCGGCGGGGACCCGGGGGCGCGGCGGACGCGCGGCGGCGGCCCCGGGAGCAGCGCUCGCUGCGGCUGAGCAUCAACGCGCGGGAGCGGCGGCGGAUGCACGACCUGAACGACGCUCUGGACGGGCUGCGCGCCGUCCUCCCCUACGCGCACAGCCCGUCGGUGCGCAAGCUCUCCAAGAUCGCCACGCUGCUGCUCGCCAAGAACUACAUCCUCAUGCAGGCUCAGGCCCUGGACGAGAUGCGGCGCCUCGUGGCUUACCUCAACCAGGGCCAGGGCCUGGCGGCGCCGGUGGCCGCUGCGCCCCUGACGCCCUUCGGCCAGGCCGCUGUAUACCCGUUCUCCGCGGGCGCCCCGCUGCCCUGCCCUGACAAGUGCGCCGCCUUCUCCGGGACGCCCUCGGCGCUGUGCAAACACUGCAACGAGAAGCCAUGAGGGCCCGGGCUGCUCCUCCUCCCGCACCAGUCCUGCAUUUUACCUUGUGCCACCCUGCCCCGACUGAACCCCGCCCACCGGGAGAAGGCUGCCGGACGUCGCUUCCAACCCCCGCCCGCUGAACAGCGCGGGUAGGGCCGCGAGAAGCUCGGGAGCACGUCUGGGCACGGGUUUGAGCCUGAGAGUGGGGCACUGGCAUCUGCGCCCUGGAGUCCGCAGCGCGCCCACUGGGCAACCUCCGACAGGGGACAAACCCUGCUUGUCUGGGCACCGCUGCUCACCCUG